AUGGGAGAGUCUGUAGAGCAACGCCCCAAGCCGUUCACCUUCUUGUACAAAGGUCUGGAUCAUCGGAACAACUACGUUGAUGUUUUCAUACCUCCGAAGUCUUCGCCGGGACCUCUGAAGUCUAUCCUUUACUUCCAUGGAGGAGGAUUGACGGUCGGAAAUCGACGAAGCUGGUUCCCUCAAUGGAUAUACGACCGUGCAAUGCAAGCUGGCUAUGCCUUCAUUUCUGCAGAUUAUACCCUAUUAGCACCUUCCACUGGUCAUGACGUACUUGAAGAUAUCAAAGGCGUAUUUCGCUAUCUGGAGAAGGAAUUGAACAAGGACCUUGCUUCAGCUGGUUCAGAUGCAACGAUCGACGCAACCUCCAUAAUUGUUUCUGGCUCGAGCGCUGGAGGAAUGUGCGCAUACCUAGCUGCUUGUCAUGCUAGGCCGAAACCAAAAGGCGUACUGUCGUUGUAUGGACAGGGUGGCGACUUUCUGUCUUCACAAUACUUGUCUAUCAAAACAGAACCUUUCUUUUUGAAUCGGGAAAUCCUGGAUCCUGACGUUUUCCAGGAAUUCUUAUACCCUUUUCCACCGGACCUCAAAUCAACGUCCGACUCUGCCCUUGCAUAUUACCCGGCAAACCACCCUAUUGCACCAGGCAUGCCCGCAAAUUUGCGUAUGCAGCUUUGUAGGCUCUACCUGCAACUUGGCGUUUAUCUUGACUACUACACUGGCGAACACGAGCCCAGCCUGAGUGCUCGGCUGCGUGCAGUUACGGAAGAACGACAUUACGAUCGGGAACGCCGAGUAAAGGCUCUUCGUACUCUUAUUCCCGAGAAACACGUUCCACUCUUUCCUCAGUUACUUAUCGAUUCGUCUUUCCCUCCAACGUUCAUGAUACAUGGUGAACUGGACUCGGCAGUACACUCACAGGAAUCAUACAACGUAGCCAGGUUGCUUGACUCUAAUGGCGUAAAAAAAGUACUUCGCAUUGCAAACGGUGAGGAACACUCUUUCGACUACGCAGAAGGAGCCAUGGAGAAAUAUUCACCACUUUUUGACGAGGCCUUUGAUUUUAUCAAGGGUAUUUUUGAGGGGGCGUGA